AUGAUGCACCUGUCAGCUAGACUCGCAACCCUCUUGCACCCCCCGGGGUCUGUUCAAUACAUUCGUCAUGCUAGACCCAUCGCUUUCAGAUCGACCAUACGGGAGCUAAAUCUCCUCCUGCAACUCCCAGCCCCUGAGACCGCUACAAUUUUCUUUCGCAGCUCGCCUCCCGCCCAAUCCAAUGGCUAUGCUAGACAAACAGCCACUGCUGCAAACAUGCUAGAACCUCACUUCUUUCUCCUAAUAUCAGAAACCCUUCACCAUCGAAAACGCCAAGUCCGCAGGGUCACCCACUCAGGGAAUGAUAACGCUAGUUCCAUCUACAAAGACUACCACUACUGCAAUGAUGAAAGUCUCCAGACCAUGGGUAAGGCGACGCGAAGCCCCUCAGCGUGCUUCAAGCAAUUCUAUGCAGAGCUCCGGACCCUGACACCUAUCACUAUGAUGGCGGUUCAUGAGGUCAAGGUUACACAAGCAAUCACCCAUGGGAUGAAUGGGCUGAGAGAGGUCUCCGAUAGAUCUAUGGUGGUGUCAAAAGGGGUGAAGGAGGAGGCUGUGGAGAAGGUGGAUGAGAAGCCCGCCCGCAGGCGAAUGCUAGGGAUCGAUUGUAAUGGCGAAUUAAGUGUCAUGCAGUGGGUAAGACUUGACAGAACAGCAAGGAAAGCUUUGAACACGGGAAAUGUAUAUAUAAUUGUAAAGGAUAUUUCAAAAGACGAUUGUAAUAUUGCAUGUAGGCGGAAUGCCCUAGAAUGUAGGGUUAGUCCUUCACGAAGAGACCCCUUUAAGAUGGUUGGAUUCCGAGAAGGCUGUGCCGCAUCGUAUUUGUCCAAGGUUCUUGUUGCCUUUCCGUCUCAUCAUGCUAUUGGUCAGCCCCACUACGUAUUCCAAAAGAUUUAUCACUUCUCAAAUUCCUUCACUCCCAUAGCUUUCGCGACUGCCUUCAGUUUCAGGAUCUAUACCAAUAGAGGAUAUUCACGGGUAGUAUUCGCAUCAGCCUUGCCUAUGGACAUCGCUUCAAUGAGGCUCUCCUCACCCAUCCCAAGAUUUGUACAAAGCAUCUGGACACUUUCAAACUUAGGCCAUCGCAUCACCGCUACUUAA